AUGGAGGCAUCACCGCCUUCAAAUGUAUUAUGGUGGGACAAAUGGGUAGAAGAAGCACUAUCAACGCUUGAUUCUCUCAAAGUACUUCGAUCUCUUAGACCCAUUUGUCUACCCACCCACAAGAUUCGGGUGGAGGAUGGUCAUGCGUUUGAAGUGUUUGAUGAAAUGCACCAAUGGGAUCGUUCCUCUGUUGAAGUUCAAAUUGGUGAAAUUACUUUUAGGAAAUGGAUGCAUGAUACCCCUAGCUCUGGUGAAGAGAUUGUUUAUGGCACAGUUGCUGGUGAUAACGAACCAGGGGUAUGCCAAGAGAAGUUCAAAAAAUUAAUUUUGUUUUCGGGAAAUGAUUAUUUAGGCCUGAGUUCCCAUCCGACUAUUGGAAAGGCUGCUUCAAAGGCAGCUUUAGAACAUGGAAUGGGACCAAGGGGUUCCGCUCUUAUUUGUGGGUAUACCAAUUAUCAUAGGCAGCUAGAGUCAAGCUUGGCUGAUUUGAAAAGGAAAGAGGACUGCCUUCUUUGUCCCACAGGGUUUGCUGCCAAUAUGGCCUUGAUGACAGCAAUAGGAAGUAUUGGUUCUCUCUUAGCUGGGAAUAGCAUACCUUCAGAGGAUGAUAAGAUUGCCAUAUUUUCUGAUGCAUUAAACCAUGCAUCAAUAAUUGAUGGUAUUCGUCUUGCUGAGCGGCAAAAAGGUGUAAAAGUGUACAUAUAUAGACAUUGUGACAUGUCCCACCUCAAUAUGCUCCUAUCUAGUUGCAGUAUGAAGAGGAAAAUUGUGGUAACUGACAGCUUGUUUAGCAUGGAUGGAGACUUUGCACCAAUGAUUGAGCUUGCAAAACUUCGCAAGAAGUAUGGCUUUUUACUAGUCAUCGAUGAUGCUCAUGGAACAUUUGUUUGUGGCAAAAAUGGUGGGGGUGUUGCUGAGGAGUAUAACUGUGAGAAGGAUGUGGACAUAUGCAUUGGUACCCUAAGUAAAGCUGCCGGCUGCCAUGGAGGAUUUAUAGCAUGCAGCAAAACAUGGAAGUUAUUAAUACAGUCAAGAGGUCGUUCAUUUAUAUUUUCAACUUCUACGCCGGUUCCAGUUGCUGCUGCUGCUCAUGCUGCUGUUAGAGUUGCAAUAUCGGAGACAUGGCGAAGAAAGGCUAUUUGGAACCGGGUGAAAGACUUUCACUUGCUUACUGGAAUCCCUGUUACAAGUCACAUUAUAUCCCUAAUAGUUGGCAGUGAAGACAAAGCACUGCAAGCAAGCCGGCAUUUAUUACAAGCUGGCUUCCACGUCACUGCAAUCAGACCACCAACAGUGCCUCCUAACUCAUGCAGGCUGCGAGUGGCCUUAAGUGCUGUCCAUACAAGGGAAGAUUUGGAAAACUUAGCAGCUGCACUCUCCAGUUGCAUCAAUUUCCAAGAUACCCGCAUUUAUGACUGCAAUGGCUAUGCAAGAUUAUAG